UUUCCGAUCACCCACUUCUUGAUUUUCCGAUCAACAAUGCCGAUGUCUGGAAUGGUCGACCGGGUUGCCAUCGGUAACUACCACGAGGAAGUGAGACAUCCUAGCGCCAUUAAAGCUUUUGUGGCGGAGUUCAUAAGCACACUCAUUUUCGUGUUCGCCGGCCAGGGUUCCGGCAUGGCUUUCACCAAGAUCACCGGCGGUGCUCCGACCUCUCCGGCCGGUCUAGUUGCGGCGUCGCUUGCCCAUGGUUUUGGGUUGUUUGUGGCGGUGUCAGUCGGUGCUAAUAUCUCCGGUGGCCAUGUCAACCCUGCCGUCACCUUCGGUGCGUUCAUCGGCGGUAACAUCACCUUGCUCCGUGGGAUCUUUUACAUCAUCGCACAGCUCCUUGGCUCAGUUGUUGCUUGCCUGCUUCUAUUUUUCUCCACCGGUGGUUUGGCAACAACCGGCUUCUCGUUGGCCGCCGGACUAUCGGUAUGGAGCGCCUUCGUGUUCGAGAUCGUGAUGACUUUUGGCCUCGUGUACACAGUGUACGCCACCGCUAUUGACCCGAAAAAGGGCGAUAUCGGUACAAUCGCACCAUUGGCGAUUGGUUUAGUGGUGGCAGCCAACAUUUUAGCUGGUGGUGCAUUCACCGGUGCAUCAAUGAACCCAGCCGUUGCCUUCGGGCCAGCCGUGGUUAGCUGGGACUGGGGAAGCCAUUGGAUUUACUGGGCUGGACCACUCAUCGGUGGGGGGCUCGCUGGCGCCAUAUAUGAGCUCAUCUUCAUUAACCGCUCUCAUGAGUCGUUGCCAUCGUCCGAGUACUAGAAGAUGUGAAAAGACGUUGAUGCCCUCGUUUAUUCUUGUUGUGUCCUCUUUCUCUUUGUGAGUUGCGUUGUACCUUUGUUUUUUGUACUCGCAUUUUCUUGUGUAAUUUAGUAUCCUUUUUAUUGAAAAAUAAUUUUUUGGGAUUAAAUGAUC